AUUCACUGAUUAUCGUUUAAGGCAAAUUAAGAUCAUCUUCAUAAAUCUUCUCAGAUCUCUUCCAAUUUUCUAGAAAAAACAUGUCUUGCUGUGGUGGAAGCUGUGGUUGUGGAUCUGCCUGCAAGUGCGGCAAUGGUUGCGGAGGUUGCAAAAGGUACCCUGACUUGGAGAACACCGCCACCGAGACUCUUGUCCUCGGUGUUGCUCCGGCGAUGAACUCUCAGUACGAGGCUUCCGGCGAGACUUUCGUUGCCGAGAAUGAUGCUUGCAAAUGCGGAUCUGACUGCAAGUGCAACCCUUGUACCUGCAAAUGAAGAACUUCAUAAACCCUAAGUCUGUAAUAACCCUAAUGUUAUGUUAGGUUUGCUUAUAUGUAAUAAUUGGCUGAUUUUUCCGGUAGUUUUGCCGGCGACGUUGGUCUUUCUCUUCUUCUGUGUGUGUUUUUAUGGUUUGGUCAUUAAGAUAUCUCUGCAAAGUUUUAUCUUUGUGACUUUAUUAAUCCUAAGACUAUUAUGGGUUUGUAUUAAAGUUUGCUUCUUUCUUGCUCACUACACAAUUAAGAUUCAAGCCC